AUGUCUGAACCGGACUCUCCUCCGAGGAAGAAAGAAAAAGCUAGACCGGAAAAGAAGAAACCCACGGCGAAGGGUGGCGACGAACCCGAUGGAGGAGGCGUUGACUUGUCGCACAUGACUCUCAUUGGCCCGAAACGAUACAUAGGCCCGAUGGAAUUCAAGGGCAAGCACUACUUGAACAUCAGGGAGUACUACGAAGACUCGACGGGAAUGAAGCCAACAAAGAAAGGCGUCGCUUUGAAUCAAGGCGAGUGGCGAAAACUGAAAGAGUCAUUCUACGACGUCGAUGAAAAAAUCCUCAUCGCCGAGGCGGAAGACUACAAUCCACUCGAGAUAAGCGACAAGAAACAAAUCCGUGUUACCAAAUUCAAGGGAAAAUUCCUUCUCAUUGACAUCCGGGAGUUCUACAAUAAAGAUGGCGAGAAGAAGCCCGGAAAGAAGGGAAUCGCUCUGAAACCUGACCAGUACAACAAGAUCAAGGACAUGCAAGAAGAAAUUGACGGCUGGUUCUGA